AUGGUGAAGCUAGACCUUAGCCGAGACUACUAUGCCGACCUAGAGCUACCAGCGGUGGCUGAUGUCACGGAAGUCAAGAAGCAGUUCAGGAAGCUUGCUCUCAUGUACCAUCCCGACCGUAAUCCCGGGAAGGAAGCCGAAGUGAACGCAAAAUUUCAGACGAUCCAGUCUGCACAUGAGGUUCUUACAAACGCAGAGCAAAAGUCGAAAUACGAUGCUCACCGAUCCCGCAAUCGGUAUCCCGGCGCGUCUGGUGUAAGAGGAAACCCGUGGCAGAAUGUUUCCAGUCAGUUCCCCAGCCCACCGAAACGGGCGCCGACGUCAGCUCGUCCCGCCUCAAACUCUGGCGCGUCGCGGUACUCCGGCUGGGUGCCGCCUUCACAGAAGUCAGCCCGCGAGAGCGCCAGCGAUAACAUGCGGGCCUGGGACCGCAUGAGGCCUCCCACUAGCAGCAAGCCGACCCAGAGUUCCGGCACCACCCCAUCCACUACCCCACAAUCAAGGACCAGGAGACCGAACCCUCCAAAUCCAAAGCCUGCCGAUCAGAAACCCCGGGACCCCCCGCCAACCCCGCGGACUGAAUCUCAGAGAAGGAAGGCAGAAGCGGCUUUUGGGGCAAGAAGAUCCCCGUUUGUCCAAGUCGGAGACGAACCUCCGGUUACAAACAAGAACUACUUCACAACCAAGCAGCGCACAAGCUUGUUCAACGACACCCCUUCUGGUGGUAGCGAGGGUGCAAAACCGAGGCCGCAAUCAGAUAAUCUUGAUCCGCUGAGUCGGCAUUUCCGGGAUACCUUCCUUGAUGGGCGGCAGAGCACCCCGUACUCUUCGCAUAGUGGCGAGAAGACAAAUCCGUUUGAUGGGGCGGAUCUUGGUCGGUCAGGGAGCGUAAGGGGCGGCGGCCGUGACACGCAAAACACUGGAGGUGAUACACGUUCUUCAAGUUCGUCCCGGAGGCGGCGGAGUUCUAGUGUCCCGGACGAGUCCGAGAACUUCAAACAGGCGACGAGGGAUAGCGCUGGAGCCAAGCCCUUCGGGGGGGACUCGAGGUUCGCAUUCUCUCGGGCGGGUAAGCGAUAUCAGCCUCGGGAAAGUGACACCAAGCCUGCCCCGGCAAGCGCCCCUGCCAGCAACCCGAAGAACUCGACUUCUUCCGUUAAUUCCACCCACGCAACCGCAAAUGGCGAGACCUCGUCGAAAGCGAAGGAUGGCCCAACAGUGUAUGCUCCACCAUUCUUUUCUUCUGCGUCUUCUGCGACCUCGGCCCAGCAGAGCGCCCACCCACUGCACUCGAAUCGUCGUGCAGGUGAGGGCGUGCCGCGGGUUGAGAAGCCAAACAUUGCGGCAUUGAUGGCCAACUUGCGCGUAAGAGUCUCUCCAAGUGGGGAUAGUCAGAAAGGGGCUCGUAAGCAGCUCAACGCUUUUGAGAGCAAGCAGCACGAGAUAUUGCACGACCUCAUCAACAGCAGAGAGGGGAGUGCCGAGAAGAGACCCAAAUUUCAGACGGAGAGGCCUGGUCGUGGGCAGCGUAGCUGCAGUGCCAACCAGCGUACUGACACAACUCAACCCUGCAGCUUCACCUUCCCAGUGAACGACGAUACCUUCACCCCGACGACGCCGGACCGAUUUAUGCGGAACAGUGCCGAUAACAUCAACACUAGGUUUGUUGCGGAAGAAUUCGCAAAUAACGAUUGGCAAUUCCAGGCGGGCGGGCCAAGCGAAGACUCUUUCGUGGCAGCCAAACGACAGGCCAGGUCGAGGACUCGCCCCGGCGGCCGUCAGUCGCCUGCCAAGACCGACCUGCGCUUUAAGCAUGGCACUUCUUCAGAGCCGUCUCUGAAUGAGGCUGGCCAGAAGCAAAGCGGUUUCGACCCCGACCAAUGGAGCACAAAGUUCGGGCCGCAGAACUUUGUCCCUCAACCUCCUCAGCGCCCUGCAGCCUCGCCCACGAGGCCUCCCCGGACAGCGAAGAAGCCGAAACCGGUACGGAUGACUGCCGGCACGGCUGGCUUGGUCGACGAGGAUGACAGCAGCAGCGAAGAAAGGACUCAGCCUGGGACAUCAACUGGGGAAGUCGGGGGUGUGCCUCCGUUUGGGACUGAUAGCCCCAGUGCCAUGGACAUCGACUCCCCUCCCCCUGAAACAGCCACGCCAACCGUCCCAUCAGCCCCAACCGUCCCGCAGCCGGGCGGCGCUCGGGGUAUUCCUGUCGAGCCAUCGAAGCCGGAAUGGCGAGCCGGUUCUGUAAACGGGAUCAAGCCCACUCCUCGUACUCCUUUGAAGGACAACGCACGGGGAUCCGAGGACAGCGACAGUUUUGAUCAGUUUACAGACCCCAAGGUACCAGAUGCCAAGUUUGCAGAUGCAAAUUUUGCAGGGUUCAAGUUUGCAGAGUUCCAGAAUGUCGCACCGUUCGCCCCACAACCCGGCGGGCUCGGAUCUCUGAAUGAUCUGAAGUCGGACCUUCCCUUCGAAAGCAGGCCAUCGGCAAAGAUCCCACUCGCCAAGGAGGCUCCGAAGCCGAUUGCGUUCCCGGCGCCGCCAAAGUCGCCCCAUCCUCCCCCGGCGCUGGCGGUCCCGGGCCUCAAGCCAAGUGCGGUUGCGUGGAAGACAUACUCCGAGGCCUUCCACAAGUACAUGAGCGAGUUUGCGGAUUUCAGCGCACGCUAUGUCGAUCACUUCGCGGCCCGGCGAAGGGUCAUCGACCAGAACCGGAGGGAUACGGGCUUCAACUGGAUCGAGUCCCGGGGCGACACCGGCAUCCGGGAGUACCUGCGCGGGAUCGAGGAGGACAAGCUCGUCAGGCAGAAGUGGAUGGCUGUCUGCGACGUCCACGAGCUGCGCGUCCGAGAAUUCGUCAAAUGCCGGGACAAGAUGAUGCAGUAG